AUGAUAAAGCAAUAACUAUUGUAAGUUGGUUCAGUUGAUUCCUAUUUCAAUAAUCAUACUUCUUUAUUCCAAAAAUUCUGUCCUGAUCCAUUUGUAGCAUAAUAUUCAAGCGAAUUUUAAAUCAGUAAUCAAAACAGGUUAGUUAUCAAACAAUUGUCUAUAAGCCAAAAUUUUAUUAAAAUAGGAGAGGAUGUAAUGAAAUUCAAACCAUAAUUUAGAGAUAUAUAAAUUUAACAAAUGUUUGUAUGUAAAAAAUAGUUCAUCCAAAAACAGGAUUAUUUGGUGUUAAACUUAGUAAAAAUGGUGUUAGUUUUGAAAUGUUUGGCUAACUUGAUGAAUGGAUAAAUAUGAUGAAGAAAUACACAAUAUAAUUAGAUUUUGGUUAAAAAUAUUAGCUCUAUAACAAAUUAGGAGAAGGAUAUUCAACAAUAGUAUAUCUUAUUUAAAUUAAUUAAUAGGUUUAUAAAGCAAAGAAUUAAGUAAGUAAAUAAGAAUUUGCAGUAAAAGUAUUUGAUAAAAAAAGAUUAUUGACAAAUAAUUAUGAAUCUAAAAAGUUUCUUAAAGAAUUAAAAAUAAUUCGAUAAUUGGAACAUUCAAAUUUACUUUGUUUUUAUGAAGUUUUUGAAAGCAAUAAUCACAUUUAUUUAUUAGAAGAAUAUUUAAAAGGAGAAAAACUUUCGCAAUUAACAUAAAACUCAUAACAUCUUAAAGAAGAGUAAGUUUAAAGUGUUAUGAAACCUUUGUUUUAAGCAGUCCAAUAUUUACAUGAUCUAAAUAUAUAUCAUAAAUAAAUUUGCACUUCUAACAUAAUACUUAAGUAAAAACAUGAUUUAUCUAACCCUUGUUUAAUUGAUUUUAAUUAAGCUGAGUAAUUUUCAAAUUCUGACCAUGAUGAUUACCAAUAUUUAUAAGUUAAUUAAGAAAAAUAGAAAUAAUAUCAUAUCAAAUUUGAUGUACUAUCUUUAGGAAUUAUAAUGCAUAAUUUGUUAACUGGAAAUUAUUGGUAAUUUGAAUAAGCUCUGAAUGAUGCAAUGAUGAAUAAAUUUUAAGGAGCAUUAGAUUUUUAAUUUAUUGAUCCACCUUUAUCAGACUAAUGUUUUGAUUUUUUAACAAUUAUAUUUAAUCAAGGUUAGAAGAUUAGAACAUGUAAAUAAUUAUUACAACAUCCAUUUUUCGAUUAAGAAAAUUAAAAGUCUAUUAAAAAUAUUUCUAUUUAGUUUCUUGGAACACUUAAUCAAAGUUAGACUAUUUUUAGGAUUAGUACAAAACAAUCAUAAAUGUCUCCAAAGGUUUCAAGGGAUGUAAAAGUGAUUCCGAUUAGAAAAUAAUUUAAUAUAAUGUCAAAAAGUCCUUAAGAAAAACCUAAUUUAAACAGUGAUUAUUUUGAACCUCCAAAGACUCAUUUGAUGUUUAGAAGAGGUAGUAGAUAAAAGAGAACUUUAAAUUUUGAUAAUCAUAAUGAUAAAAGUAAUGAUUCUGCAGAUUGA